AUGGAGAGGAAUCUCGCCGGAGACUCAACUCCGACACUCAAGUGGAAGAAAGUAGCAUACGGAGGGAUGCAAAUCGGAUACCGACGAAUCGUUCCUCGAAGAAAUGGUGAUGAACGCCAACGUCGCGAGGCGCGAUUUGCUCAAGGCGAUGAAAGAUUCAGUCAAAGGAAGAACACAGAGAAGAUGGCCGCCUUGAAGAAUAAAUGUAAUAAUAAGAAGGAUCACCUCCAAGAGAACCAAGCGAUGAUUUGCAACGAAACAAGCAUAUAUACCUUCAUCAGAUCCCGACCAAUUUAUUUUCAAUAA